AUGGAGAAGAUCGUCUGGGAUCCAGAAUUUCGUGGUGCUAGUGUUGAGAGGGAAAAGUAUGUAAAGUGGGUAGAUUCGGUUCUCCAAUCACACCGAGGGUCCACCGUGAAAGAAUUAAGAAUACGCUUUAGUUUAGUCAAAUCUGCAAGAAAGUCAAUUACGAAGUGGCUCAAAUUUGCUUUUGAGAGGCACACUGAAAAGUUGGAGUUGAACCUUUCAGAUGGUGAUUGUGGUCAGGCCGCAGCUGAAUCGUACGUGUUUCCUCAAGAGUUAUGCGGAAAUAUCAACUGUAAAUCCAUAAAAAUGUUGCACUUGGGCAGUAUUCAAGUCUCUGGUGAAACUAUUGAGUUUCUCUUACGUGGCUGCCCAUUGCUCGAGCAGUUAAUUCUCCGUUCCUCCAAGUGUUUGACACGUCUUGAAGUUUGUGGGCCAUCCCUUGUAUUAAAGCAUUUGGAGAUAUGGAGGUGCACUUGUUUAAAAUCCUUAAGAAUUUCUGCUCCGAAACUAACUUCACUUGUACUUUAUAAAGUAGAAGGCCUCUUGCUUGAGGACGUUCCAAUGCUUACUAGUGUUUAUGUGACCUUUGCGGACCUUUGGCGGUCUUCUUCAGAGAGAUUAAUUUCUACAUUGCAUUGCUGUCUUUCCCAAUUGGAGAUUCUCACCUUGGACAUUUGUCGUAGGAGGGAGCUUCUAUGGAAGAUCAAAUUCCCCAUGAUGCCUAAACUUAAGAAGUUGGUCAUCAUUGAAGGUUUAUGUGGUGUGGACUCGAGUCUUCUUGGCCUAGCUAAUUUUAUCAGUGCAUCUCCCAAACUGCAAGAAUUUGAGAUACAGCAAAUGUGGUUUAAUGUUGAAAGGUCAAACAACGAAAUUCAGAAGGGAUUGAAGCACUUGCCACUGCACCAGCACCUGAAAGUUAUUCGGUUUUUAGGUUAUUAUGGUUGCCCGAGUGACGUUGAAUUAGUCAACUACUUGUUGGAGAACUGUGUUGCGCUUAAGGAAAUCUUUGUUGAUACCCGAAGUCAGCUACACGAGGAGGGCUAUCCACUUGAUUCUGAACAAAUAAAAUUGGCUGAAAUAGCAAAGGUUUACGCCAAACAGCAGCUGGAGCCGCUUGUACCUAACCACAUUAGCUUAUUUAUAUGA